AAAAACGUCAAUUUGUUGUGUUUUGAGAGCUAAUUGUCGAUCAUAUGAUUGACCAAACAUUUGAUGGUUUGUUAUGUCUUGUAGUGACUGUUGAUGUCAGCCGACGACUCUGGUGUUGACGCCGGCAGUAAUGCCAGCGAUGACAGUAUCGGUAUGUCGUUGGCCUCAUCGGUCAGUGACUACGACAGGGAUGAGUUCAAUGACAAUGCCGUUGACAUCGCUGUCAUUGAUAAUAAUAUCAAUCGUGACAAUGAAGACAACAAUGGCAACAACCAAAGCGACUUUGAGUUCAGAAUGAUUGUGUCUUCUUCACCAUCAACUUCUUCAAUACCAGCUAUGGCUUCAGUGGCGUCAACAUCUGUAGAGACGUCAACGUCAUCACAUUUGUUGCCAUCAAGUAGUCAUCACUAUCCAUAUGAUAGUCUUUGUCUGCCAUCCUCUUCACAUAACAACCGAAUGGUUCCGAUGUUUGACAAUCAAUCAGAACAUUCUUCUGUCGAUUAUAAGAGUGACAAUAAUGUCCAAGUUUUCAAUGAUUUAAAUUAUAAUAGUGAAGAACAACACGAUUUGAAACCAAAAAUGAGAUCAAUUAGACCUAAAAGUCAUGAUAUAAAACGCAAACAUAUCUCAAAAGAUAUAACAGGCGAACGACUAUUGAGAAGAUCUGCAAAUUGUAAUGAUAUUGAAACAGUUCGGCGAUUGCUUGACGAAGGUAUAGAUCCAGUGUCUUGUGAUGAACGCAGUCGAACUGCUCUUCAUUUUGCCGCCUGUAAGGGAAACACACAAAUAGCGCAACUGCUCUUAGAAAAGGGCGCGAAUCCGAACCAAAAGGACGCCAUUGGUAACACACCUCUUCAUUUGGCCGCCUGUACUAACAAUAUACAAGUGAUUACAUUACUGUUGAGCGCCGGAACCGAUAUCCACUCUUUGGACAACUCUGGCCGAACACCACUACAUUUGGCGCAAUCGAAACUCAAAUUGAUUCAAUCGAUGCAACGAUCAGACUCUACCAUCAAUUCAAAGCACCUGAAGAAUGAGGUGAUGCAAGUGCUAGAAAUGAUGUCCAUAUAUUGGCACCGGUCGGGCAAAAAUGCAGAACUCGAACUCCUCACCACAUUCACCAAUCGAUUACAUUUGUCUCAAACUAGUGAAGAGGUUGGAACAGAUGUGUCUGAUUUGUUGACCAGUUUGUCUCAUCUCUCACUUUGACUUAACGCCGAAUUAAAUUCA